GCGACAUAUGCUGUCUAGUGUCUGCUUAUCCUGUUCUUUUAUUUAUUUCUUGAUUAUCUCUUGAAUAUUGUGCACAUCCCUUUCUUCACACAACCCUGAUCAUUUUAGACAACUAAACAAUCGAGACAUUACUACGAGGAAAGAAAUACUGCGCCUUAUACGAUUAUGGCUUCUGCAGAUAACUUCAUCUUCUGGUGCGCACCGGGCAAGACCGAGGACGAAGAUGUUGGCUUUGAAGAUGAAAUGCCAAAUGAAGAAGAACCAGAAGAAGUUGAAGAUAAAAGAGGGAAAGGCAAGGCAAGGGAGUCGAUGUACGUGUCUUUAGUGGAAGGCAUGGUGAGAACUGUCCUUGAGGGCGAAAACUUCUUAUUCUCCGAUGAGGAGCUAGCAUUCUUCACUGCAUACAGCACUCUCUCAUAUAAGGCCAGGUAUCUCCUUGCACGGUUGCUGGUCCGAAAGACUGGAAAGUGGUACCGUCUUGACCAGCUUAAAUAUGUCGCAGAGUUAGGGACAGAGGGUAUCGUCGAAGCUAUGAAAGAGCUUUGUGGUACCCUAUGUUCCAAUGCCAGCUCUCAAAAAAGCGCGUUAUCCGAUCUUCCACGAAGCAAGCCUCGUCGCUCGAGUUCGAAUAAAGAUGCAGAAGUGAUUGACCUAGUAUCAGACGAUGAAGAAGAAGAGUCGAUUUCUACAAAUGCAAAUAUAUCACCAACAGCCGACACUAGUUUGUCAGACCAAAACCGAAUCCCUGCCGAAAGCGCCAAAGUCAGUGACCCGAGCCCAAAGAACGACAGUAGCCGGAGCCUUUUGGAUUAUUACGCAGAGGACGAAUCACAUGCGUCCUUGUCGGAUCUCUUGAAAUGCUUGACUGUUGAAGAACUCAAAGGUCUUGCCAGGACUUUGAAGCUUCCAAGUACGCUUACGACGCGGUCAGCACUGGUGGAAGGCCUCCUAGCUUGUGCAUCUGCACAGACGACUCUGGGUGGUUUUGCAUCCAGUGCCUCGAGAUCAAAGAAGUCUGUAAAGGACUCAAAAUCUCUACAUCUGAAACAGACGUGCUUGUCAUUCAAACCAGUAAGCAAGGCCAAGGUACAAAUGGAUGUUUUGAGAGGGCUGGUGAUGAAGAUAUUGAAAAAUUGCAUUCGCAUUAACGAUGCAAUUAACGCUUUAUUUCAUCGAUUGCAUAUUAUCUACUUCCGCUCAACCGAACAUCCGACGUCUCUUUUGACGCCAGCUCUGCUGAGACGAUGUCGCAAACGAUAUUAUCCGCUUUAUACUUACGUUCGAACGACAGAGAUAUUCACCUCUCGAGAGGCACUUAUUUCCUAUGAAGAGGCACUUCGGAUGGAGGCAGCUAUCGAUCUCAUGCUUGAGGGCAAUAUCGAUGUCGAACUUGCGGAGCAACAUAUUGAUGCCUGGGCUCAUGGCCGGGAGAAAGGUUCAACUACUUAUGGCCCUCUUCCGCACACCUUAAGAGCACGCGACGAAUCGUCUGAAACCUCUGGUAAUGCUGAGAAGGAGAAUUAUCCUGGACCAAGCGGAACUUUGCGAAGUCGUAGUGUGAGUGUAUUCGCGAAGGGAGAAAUCGACGUAGAACCUGGAGUUGCUCCGGAAAAAGAAUCUCAGACCGUUGCAAACGCGAAGUAUGUCGUGAGCGUUUUUGAGCGGGUAUAUCCUCGAUGGCAGGAACUCGUUCGCCAGCGUGGUGAGCUGGAAGCGCGUCCUCAUGGGCUUGAGCGUUUUGACGAGGGUUACAUUCUGACGCGCAUCGUCUACAAAGGUGCGACUGCAUAUGGGAAACUGAAAGAUUUCGACAGGGAAAUCGCGCUCCUCCAGGAACUUCUAGCACAGCGUCGCUGGAGGCGCGGCAAACGUGGAGCAUGGUAUGAUCGAUGGGCUCUUGUGCUAAUGCAUCAUGUUGUACGCCAAAGACGCGAGAUAAAUGGCGAGCAAGUACCGUUAUCCAAAGAAGAGCAGAAGAAAGUGCUCCAGAAGGCCAUGGACGUUGUGAUCGAAGGCCUUCAUGAUGAGGAUACCCACAUUGUGAGUAGACAGUCGCUCGAACGCCGACUAUCACGUCUGGAGAAUCGUUUGAAGAUACCCGUUAAAAACCGCCAUGAAUGCGUUGGGAGAUUGAAAAAAGCCGCUGAAGUGAAAAUCACUGGCGAGCGGGUCCGACAACGCAGGGCUGGUAUCGCAUUUGACAAAACCGGAAAAGUCAACAAUAAAGCCGUAGUCCCCGUGUCUAUACAGAUGCAAGGAGAGGAUGCUGUAAGAAAACACCUCGAUCAGCUGAAGAAAGAACGAGCCAAGGAAAGAUGGACUGGGAAGUCCCUUUGGUAUGGCAAGAGCGGUGAAGAGGUCAACGUCGAGACGCUUGUUCUACAUUAUUAUGAGCUCGACGGAUACAAAGGGUUUCACUCUGAAGCAAGCAUUAUAUCUACCAUCUGGGGUCUUCUAUUCUGGGAUAUCCUCUUCUCUUCUGUGGCAGGGGCAUUUGAAACACCUUAUCAAUCUGCACCGCUUGAUAUCGCGACUGAAUGUUUCUACUUUGCGCGUAAGGAUGCUAUCGAAGAACGUCUCCAGGAGAUUAAAGACGGGAAGGCUCCCGAGAUUCUUACAACAACAGAUGACAAGUACAGAGAGAACAAUACUAUGUGUGUGGGUGUUCGUUGGAAUGACUUCUCGAAGCAAGAUCUUGUGGAAAUCGUUACUUGCCUUGGCGGAGAAGGACUUUCCGUGAUCUGCCAGUUAUUCUGCGAAGAUUACGGAGGGCGUCACAGUGGUGUGCCUGACUUGAUUGUCUGGCGUAUGAGUGACAACCUGGCGAAAUUCGUAGAGGUCAAAGGUCCUGGGGAUAAUCUGUCCGAAAACCAGAAGGUGUGGAUCGACGUUCUUCGUCAAGCUGGCGUCAAUGUCGAAGUAUGUCGAGUCGCUGAACGCGAGAAGCCAGAGACCCAGGCGAUGCGUAACAUUCCAAAGAAACACAAGGUCGUCAGAGUGUAUCAGAUUAACGACGCAGACCGUGUACCUAUUGACCUGGAUGAGGGCGAUAAACUUGAGCCUGAAUCUGAGGAGGAAGUUCCUGAGAUCAAGCAAGAGGACGGCGUGGAAGACCACCCUCGUAAGAAGCCGCGGAUUGAACAGCCGGACAAUGACGAGAUGAUGGAUAUUGUUCUUUAUAACCCUUCCCAAGGCAGCUCUGUCAUUGAGCUUUGACUUGGGAAAACUGCCGUCACAAUUCGAAUAUAUUUCCCCGAAUCAUGCAAUGAUUUACGAACCUGAUAUACAGAAUACUAUUGGAGGAUACCAAGACUUUCCAUUUAUCUAGAUGCACAUUUCCAAGUUACCACGUAUAAUAGUCCACUAACUCGCUUGAG